AUCAAUAUCUAACACGCUUCACCUCAAUUCCUGAUCAAGGAAUUGCAGCCUCACUUGCAGCCAAUGCAGACGUGAGACUGUCCAAUCCUGGACAGUCUAUAGAUGUUUCAGAUUAAUCUAAGAGGCUAAAGAGUACUAGCACUACGCUUGUUAACAACCAUUUGGAUUAUUUGGAAUAAUCACGUGACACCACGGGAUUAUAAUCCUGAAAAUACAGUGACACAAACAUAUUUAUUGUGCCAAUAUCAAAUAAGCACAACAGAGUUGGAAAAAUUCCAAGGGACUAUCAAGGGUACAUCACUGGAUAGCCUCUGAUUACAGAAAAGAUAGAAAUAUAAAUGGCUAAAGUAUUCUCACGCUUACAAGCCAAGAUGAGAGAAGUGAAUACCUAAAGGAUCUCAAACUGUACUUUAACUAUUCCAGCAACUAUUUUUCACGCCUCUGUACAAUACUUGGUCAUAAUCGCCUACAAAGCAAAAAAUCCUUCUCUAACUAGAACUGCUAGGUCACCAAACAAAAACUUCAGUAAAAGCAAACACGCAAAAAUUUAUCAGGAUUUAUAAUGUAGGUAUGACACGCUUCAGUACGCACAUAAAGCAAAACCCCUGAGAACCACAGCUCCCAGUCACGUGGUUUUGGCAUUUUAUUCAUACAAAGCGUAAGUAAUUACAGAAAUCCUUAAGUCCUCAUCAGACCUUUUCUGGUGUUUGUCAGAGAUUGACAAGGAUCCCUGACAAACACCAAAAAGGAAUCAUCAGCUUGACAAUGAGAUACUUUUUGAAGUCACGUCUAGUGCUACCUGCUACGUUUUGGCAUCCCUAGAAGGCACAAUUCCACGUACCUAAUGAUAAUUUAAAAUUGUUUCCUCACAGUUAAUAUUCCAAAAAUUUCUUAGAAUGACAUACAGGAAACACAGAGCUGUUACUGAGAAAUUACCAUCUUUUUUUAUCAGCAUCCUCUGCAAUUGUGAGCUACAGAUGCAAACAAGACUGCCACCCUAGAAGUAAAAGGCCAACAAAAACAUCCUGGCAGAGUCCUGAAAAAAAGCGUGGCCUCUGCUUUAGAUCUGCCAGUAACAGAGAAACAGCAAAUGCCUCUGAAAGCUACUGCCUCCAACACCUCCAGCUAUUAUCUCCACAUUUUGAGAUUUUUCAAACCAAGUUCUCACUCUCCACCCAGCUGGUCACUUAGCUACACUUUGAGAUAAUUCAUCCAGAAGCGUGUACACACAAAAGGACGGUUUUUAGGAAGAGGAAAAGAAGACAUAAAACAAUAAGAACAAGCAACUUGCCAGUUCAGUACUGCUUCUUCAAAAAAACACGACCACGACUUCAGCACUACUAAGGAAGAACUUACAAAUAUGAAUGGAUUCAAAUCCUGCUUCACCAGGUGGUUUAAUCCAUGCCCUAAUUUUUACUGUAAUUUAUGAUUUAGAAUUCUAUUGAGUAUAUGCUACUGCAUUACAAGCACGUCUGGAAAGAGAAUAAACUAGUGCCUUCUUGAUUUCCUGUGAGUUGUAGAAAUGUUUAAGGGAAAAAUCUUCUGUCACUUUUACAAGAAUUGGCGUGUGACUUGACAAGCAGUUAAAUCAAUCUGAGCGGAGACAUACAGAAGAGAACAUGGACUCCGCUCAUUUCUUUUCAGCUCUGUGUCCUUAAUAAUUAGCGACUGAACACAAGCAAGUUGCUUUUAACCGCAGCCUUCCCUAGACAGCGCUGCGCGGCUGGAAAGGCAGCGGCUGGCACGCUUCGGCGUCUGCUGGGGCUGGAGGGCACAAACACGGCCUGGCUCGUUCUGGGAAACAACCAGAGAUGGUUCCCGAGGUGCCCAAAAGAGGGGUUAUGGGUUUUGGCACCACUGACACAAGAAGCAGUUACUAUAACAAGAAGUGGAAUAUUUUGAUUUAAGCUAAGGUGGAGUUCAGUUUCUUCCAAGUAUUUGUAUUUAGAAAGUCGGAUGGAAUUUUCCUCUCAUAGUGUGUUUGGCCUCGAGCAGCGUUUUCCCAGACAAUGCUCAUUCUUUGGAGAUGAUAAUGCUCUGGGUGAAGCAUGAUCUGCGCUGAACAGAUGUGCUUUUUCCUGUAAUCACCUCUGCUUGCAGUCUCUUUGUCUCAAACGGCAAAGCCGGGCAGAGCUGGCUCCAAAGCUCCAAAUUAGCAAGAGGUUUGCCUGUUGUUCAGUUCAUAAUAACAGUUAAAUUCGUCCUUGGAGAGUAACAGAAUAUGUGCAAGAUUUCUGGGAAAACAUAUACAUAUGCAUGUAAGCGGGAAGUGCAUUCUGCACCCAGCUCUUGUCUCUCCGUACAGGAUUGAAGGAGAUCACUCUGUCGUGUUGCCCAGCCCUGACAACCGAUGCUUGCUUCCUAAAACUCCAAAAGGAGUCUUAGGAGUAUUUGCUGGCAUUUGCGGUAUCACCGUAAUCCUCUUCAAUGUCAGCUGUCAGGGCCCUGGCGCACUGAUGCCGUUAUGGCCCGACCAGCCCACGGCCCAGGACUCCAGGCAAGCGAUGCAGCGCAGCACCUGUCUCCAGCCCUGCCAGCGCCUGAAGGCUGGCCCAGCAGCCACCAGUUCACGGGAUUCCAUCAUACACAGGACAUGGAGCCUUCAUCCAGUACGUUUCUCUACUUUGUUACCACAAAACAAUCAGCGUCCAGAGGCAGGCCAUAAAAAGUUGGUGAUGGUUCUAUCCUUCAUGCUUUUUAACUAGUGGAAAUGAAUUGUGCGCUGAAUGAAACUGCUGUGAAUUCUCCAGGAAAUGCACUAUAAAGUUAAGACACUAAAAUCAUCAAAAAAAAAAAACCCAAGCCCCAGAAUUUUUACUAACUCUUAGGAGAAAAAAACUUACAAUGUUGCGUUCAACACCAGAAAGUCCAAAAGCCCAGGCCAAGCAAGUUAAAAGUAACAAAGUAAACACCAGUAUAUUACCAGCAAUUUCCCAGAAAGAAGUUCUUUAGCAGGUCUAGUAGCAGAGGAAAGCAAACAGAUAAAAGCAAUUGCUUUUCACUUUGGACUCAUCUUUCUCAGGGCAAAAAAAUUCAUCGGUGAGCAGCAAGAAAUGAAUGGAGGAGAGGUGGUACCAAUGGGUGGGCCGACAGGGCUACCCGCACUGGACUGUGAUGUCACCGAGUACCUGACGCCCCAAGCAACGGCUUGCCGCUCGUUGCUUGUAGCCAGGUGGAGACUCUUGCAGGGGGGCUCGUCUUUGCACCCCAGCUGAGCAGUCUGCUUCAUUUGGCCACUCAGGAAGUUUCUCUGGUCCUGCUUCAGGGAGCCAGAACGAUUUUCUCUGGUCCUGCUUCAGGGAGCCAGAACGCCCCAGGAGGGGUGCUUGCUGCAGCAGAGGUGAGCUGGAAGGGGACACCUCACCCUGGGGAGCUGGGAGCGUUUUCUUCUUGGGGGACCUGGGCAUUUCUUCCACCCAUCUCCACAACCGCGACUUCUCUUCCUUUUCUAGCACAACACCCACUGCUGCAGCAGCAGCGAGAGGCAGCAACACGGCCUCCACCACUCCCCCCAGCCCCCCGCAGGCAGGGAAGAGCAUGGCCACACAGCUGGAGGACCGCUGUCCCAUCUGCCUGGACAGCUGGGAGGAGCCCAGCUUUGUCAUGCCAUGCCUCCACCAAUUCUGUUACCCCUGCAUCCUGCGGUGGGCUGAUGAAAAGCCCGAGUGCCCCCUCUGCAAGACGGGGAUCACUUCCAUACUGCACUCGGUGCGAGCGGACGAUGACUACGUGGAGCAUGUCAUCGCUCCACCUGAAACACCGACAGUCAUCGUCCGCCAGGGGGAAGGAGCUCCUGUUGACCCAGCUGCCCAGGACCUCCACCACCCUGGAGCGCCCCAACCACACGCCCAGCACAGAGCUCUGGUGGGCGGCCUCCAGCCAGAGCAAUGGGCGAGACUUUUCCAGGCCCUCCCGUCCUUCCUGGAGUCCCUGCUCCCCUGGCUCCGGGCUACACUCCGGCACAUCUUCAGCGGCAGCCCGAGCGAGGCAGCCAUGGUGGGGGACAUGGCUAUUGACAUCUUGACCAGCCAUGGGAUGGACGAACAACAUCUAGUCCACAUGCUGCAGGACUCCCUCCUUGACUACACCGAGGCGUUUGUGCACGAACUCAUACGUGUCGCUGUGCAACGGUGCCGCAGGGAAGCCUUUCGUCUGCUGGGCCUGGGUCUCCCAGCCCCAGCUCAGUCCCAUGCAGCAGCCCCACAACAUCCGCUGCAGACAGGCUCCCCGGCACCUCGUCCAACGCCAUCGGUGGGAGUCCCAGCAGCCAAUCCCCGUCCCCCGUUGUCCUCACUGCCGGAGGAAGAGGAGGCCCAGGAGGAGCCAGAAGUCCCCAUGCCCGGACCCAGCACUUCCAGCCAGGGCAGGGAACGCUCCCCUGUCCGACCACCGCAGCGGACUCGAAGGAGGAGGGCCAGCAGCUCGGAGGACGCUCCAGGCAACAAGAGGCCAAGAAAAAAAUAACUGAAAAUUUAUAUCGUUCUUCAUUUUUAUAGAUCUCUCAAGCAUUCCAACUGCGAGCUUUCACCCUCAUUCUGUGCACAAAGCUUUCACCCUCCUUCUGUACCGGCACUUGGAUGGGGAAAGAAACAAGGGAGGACUUGGGACACCGAUGCUAUUCAAACUCCACAAUGAACUUGCAGCUCUGGCACCAUCGGAAUGGCCACGUUUUAAGUAUCACUGGAGCGGCACUACAAAUCAGAGCACAGACAGAAGCACUGAAUCAUCUGUGACAAGGACUAUUAACACUCAGCCGGGGCUCUCCCAGGAAACAGGACUCCAGCAUCCAAGCAGUCCCAGGACAUCUGUCCUUGCCAUUCUCACUGCAGACAGCACUUCAGGCAUCUCCUUUUCUUUGGAGACAUGAUUAUUGACGGUGUUAAAAGCCAGAGUUACGCUCUUAGGCUUCGUGCCCUACGUAAAAAAUGGCAGAUUUUUUUCCUGCUUAAAAUCCCACAGGAAAACAAAAACAUGAUUGCAAAGUACAGUGUGCCUAAGAAGGGAGGAAUUAACCUACAGGUUUUUCAGGAUGCCGUAUUUCACAGUACAUAAGCUUAGACAAUCUAAGGAAAAUGUUACAGAAUAGGACUGUACUUUCAGAAAGGAAAGAAAAAGGGCUUUAUAGAACAGAACUUCCCAACCUGUUAGAGAUACUUUAAAUGUCAUUACCAUGUAUAUUCUAUAGCUAGUUAGAAGUCUAAAUAUAAAACCUCGAAAAUGAAAGAUCCCUCCGGGUGCAUACUUUUAUGUAUGUUUCAGGGGGAAAAAAAAAAAAAAAAACCAAACCACUUUGUAAGACAUAUGCCAGAAGAUCUAUGUAAGAAGCUGAUUCACUCACACAAUCAAGCUGCACUGCAACGAUUUGAUCCAAGUUCAACAACGAAGGAACUAUAAAGCAGUCAAGAUACAAACACAGCUGCUGCGAGAGACAACAGUAAAUAAACGACCAUUUGAACAAACGGGCGUCUGAAAUGGAAUAAGAGAAGAGCAUAGCUUUGAACCGGUGUUACUUCAGAGUUAUUCUACAGGAUUAAUGCAGUGAUCAGAACUUAGGAGCUGCAGAUAAAAAGUAAACUAGAAUAAAAGAAGUCCUUCGUUAAACAGAAAGUUAAAACCCAACAUCUUACGUGACUUUUGACUUUGCCCCUAAAGUGCACAACGGCACUUUAUAUGCAUUUCAGUUAAGUAAGCGAACUAAAACUUCUCUUUGCCAUUGCUCCAACUUCAUCGCUCAAUCAUUAAAUCGGAAACUAGAGUCGUAUUACAGAUAAAAGUAUGGUGGAUGGAGUCUAAAUGCUUUCUUACACAGGAAACCAAAGUCCAUGAAAAAUCUUACUCAGAAGAAAUGACCCAUGUACUAAAUUUGAAAACCAUAUACUACAAAAGGAAUGAUUUUGAAGACACGCAGGCUUCUCUGUGGUGGUACCCAGACACGCACACGUGAAGAGUCUGUUAAUGUGCCUUAGUGCACCAUCCUGCAUUACUGUCUUUUAAACCUCGCUGCCAGUUUGAACCUCAAAAGACUUAAGAUAAAUAAAGAAAAAUAUUAGCACUUCAAGCACAAGGCUUUUUUUAUGGUGUGUUCUAGUCCAGCCUAAGAUGUACGCGGAAAUUUUACAUUCACCACUUUCAGAGCUGUCAGUGAGGCAAGUCAGGCAGGUUUGAAUUCCUGACCUGCGAUUGACGCUCCCUGCAAACACUCCUGGAGCACGUACAGAAAGGGCAGCCAACAGGUUGGGAACACCCACUGCACUUCAGUUGUUUCUGGCACAAGAAUAAAAUCAUAUUUUUGCACUGUGGAGUCCUCUUUUGCUUCUUGCUUCCCCACGCUCCAGGAAGGAUCACUACUGACCGACACCACUGAUCUAAAAGAACUGCUGCGUUUUCCCCACUUGGCCCUCUUGCAUCAGCUCUCAUCCAUGCCCAUGCCCUCCUCCUGCUGCUUAAAUCACUUCAAACCUUUACGCUCCUUCUCUAUUCCUCUCUGUCUUCCUCCUCAAACAGACAGUGCCACCUUUCACCUGCCCUGAUCACCCCUACGCCUGGUACCCAACU